CCUCCUCACUUCUCUCCCUGGCCUUUCACCUAAAGUUCCAAGCUGCUCUCUCUCUCUCUCUCUCUCUCUCUCUCAUCUUGGGCUGAAACUUCUCGCUGCAAGCCAAAAAUGGGUUCUCUUGGAUUCACCAUUGUGGCCUUCCUCGCAUUGCUGAAGACAGUCCAAAGUGAUGGGAGUGCAUGGACCAGUGCCCAUGCCACUUUCUAUGGAGGCGGUGAUGCUUCUGGAACAAUGGGUGGGGCUUGUGGGUAUGGGAAUCUAAUUAGCCAAGGAUAUGGCACAAACACAGCUGCCCUGAGCACCGCCCUGUUCAACAAUGGGCAGAGCUGUGGAGCAUGCUAUGAGAUCCAGUGUGUGAAUGACAACCAGUGGUGCUUGCCUGGUUCCAUCAUCAUCACUGCCACCAAUUUCUGCCCUCCUAACCUUGCCCUUCCUAAUGACAAUGGAGGAUGGUGCAAUCCCCCUCUGGAGCACUUCGACCUCGCCCAGCCGGUCUUCCAACAGAUUGCUCAGUACAAAGCCGGAAUAGUUCCUGUUCAGUACAGAAGGGUGUCUUGUGUGAGGACGGGUGGCAUCAGAUUCACCAUCAACGGCCACUCUUACUUCAACCUUGUCCUGAUAACCAACGUCGGCGGCGCCGGGGACGUGGUGGCGGUGUCAAUCAAAGGCUCCAACACCGACUGGCAAACCAUGUCUAGGAAUUGGGGCCAGAACUGGCAGAGCAACUCGUACCUCAACGGCCAGGCCCUCUCCUUCAAGGUCACCACCAGCGACGGCCGCACCUCGAUCUCCAACGAGGCGGCCCCACCCAAUUGGUCCUUCGGCCAGACAUUCAGCGGGUCCCAAGUCUAAACCCGACCGCCCCCCCCCCCGAAAAACCAAAACGCUAACAAAAACUAAACCCUUUUAACCCAAUGAAGGGCCUAAUUUUAAUUUCCUUCAGUCAAACAUAGGCUACUAAACAUAACAUGUGACAUUAUGUAUGUGGUUGGUCAUGUGGUGUUCCUGGCCCCUGCGGGUGGGCCUCUUUAGGAGUGGCCCCAAAGUCGGUUCCCCUCGCUCACGCUCUCUAUUCAAAUGAGCGUAGCUGUGGUGUCCUGUCGUGUCGUGUGCAACGGAGGCGAUCUACACAUCGUAGGAGGCCUCUUUUUAUAACUUUACUUAUUAUACAGAAAAAAAUCAUUUUGGCUGAGGUGAAUGAGGAAUGGUCACCCGCCCUGGAAAAUGCACUGUCCAAUGUAAUUCGAGGCUUCCCUUCUCAGUAAGAACGAGGUUGUGGAAGACUCUUUUAGCAGCUGGCUUUUCUUUUUCUUUUGCUGUUGUUUUGGAAGCUCAGGGAAGCACUGAGUUUGAGCAGUGACAGACCUUUUUGUACACGGCUAAUCAAGCUGAUGGUGUACCUGAAACACUUUGUAAACUACGUAUCCUAUGUAAUUUCGUUCUUGGGUGCUUGCAGUUUAAUGUUAAAAGUUCCGAAA